GGGCGCGCGGCUGCUGCCUGGAACGGCCCGGCAGCUCCCGGCCCGCAGGUAGCUCGGGCGGCAGAGGGCGGCGCCGCCGCGGGGCUAGCCGAUCCCAGCGAGCCUGUCGUCGCUGUGCUGGGGGCUGGCGGCAAGACGGGCUCGCUGGUGGUGCAGGCGCUGGUCGACCGCGGAGCGCGGGUGCGGGCCCUCACCCGCUCCGGGCGCCUGCCUGGCAGCGCCAGCGCGGCGCCCGCGCCCGGCGUCGAGCUGGGCCGGGCGGACGUCACCGACGCGGCGUCCCUGGCGGCCGGGCUGGCGGGCGCCACCGCCGCCGUCUUCGCGGCGGCGUGGUCGCGAGGCGGAGCCAGGCCCAGGGACGUCGACAACCGCGGCCUCGUGAAGGCGGCGCUGGCGGCCCGCGACGCUGGCGUGGAGCGCCUCGUCGUGGUGAGCAGCAUCGCCGUGACUCGGCCGUACGCCCCAGUCGGCGUUCUGCUGAACACGGUGGGCUCAGGUGUCCUGCUCGAGAAGCAGGCGGGCGAGAGCGAGAUGCGAGGCCUGCUUCGUGGCACUGGCACCACGUACACCGUGGUGCGCCCUGGCGGGCUCAGGAAUACUGAUGCAUCUGGAUUUGCCAGCCUUGAAUUCAACCAGGGAGACACCCUUGUGGGGAGCGUGUCCCGGGCCGACGUCGCCGCCGUGUGCGCCACCGCGGCGCUGGACCCGGAGAACAGAGGCGCCAACAAGACGUUCGAGAUGUACGAAGCGAGCAGCAGAAAUAAACUGCUCCCAUGGUUUGGAGACUCACCUUACACCGUCGAUGGCCGACGAAGUUGUGAGGAGAUGUUGGACAGGCUGCGGCAGGACGAGGAGGUCACGGAUGUUCCUGGCUUCCUUCCGUUCAGCUGA